UUGAAGAUCGUUUUGAAAGGACUUAUCGUAAAGAGUCCAAAGAGAACGAUAUAAACAUGCCAAGUUUAUAAUAUUACAGUAUUAUUUACAAACAGAGGCCAGGGUUUGAACAAUUUAAAUUUAAAAACCUAUGAAGUAUUCUCAAUUUUAAACCGGAAGAAGAAUUGGAAACAAGGAAAGUCAAACUGAAAGUUGUAGAAAAACCAUCUUUGUUUGUCAGUAUUACGUUUGUGAUAUUUAAAGGAAGCAUUCUCAGUCCUAGUAGAGCAAGAGAAAAUUGAUCAGCAAUGGAUGUCAAAAUGAGACCAAAGCUAGAUUUUGCUGAUUUAAGACUAAGUAGGGGUAUGUCGACCAGCUACAGAAUGUUCAAGAGGGAACCGGAUAAGAGAGUGUUCGUCAACCGCAGCCUCAUGCUGGAGAAGGUCAAGUUCUUUGGAUUCGACAUGGACUACACCCUAGCAGUGUACAAAUCUCCCGACUAUGAGGCCCUGGGUUUUAAACUUAUCAAGGAACAGUUGGUGCAGAUUGGCUACCCUGAGGCCCUUCUGGAGUUUGAAUAUGAUCCUACAUUUCCAAUCAGAGGGCUGUGGUUUGACCAGCUGUACGGAAAUCUGCUCAAGGUCGAUCCAUUUGGCAACAUCCUGGUGUGCGUCCAUGGCUUCGAGUUCCUCAAGGGUACGUGA